UCUGUCAAAAUGGCUGCCGACGGCGCUCUCCUUUAACAGUUUCUCCCAAAAGUUCACUUAAUGGUGAUAUUUCGGAAGGCUAGUCGCUGGGCUCUUCCCUGACGACUUUUUUCAUAUUCGUAUUUUAUGUAGCGCGGGUUUGAAGCUCUAAAAUGAGUGGAUGGGCUGGAUUUUCAGAAGAUGAGCUGCGAAGAUUGCAGCAGAACGGGAAAGAAUGUGCGAUCGCCAGCGUGCGCAAACCAAGACCUGCCAGCCGGAAUCUGCAGCAAAGGCAGCGGGAGCGAAGAUUGCAUCGCGUCGCAGAAGUAAGUGCUGGGUUGUGUUCUAAUGGACUACCACCGGACCAGCAGCUCAAUAAACAGCCAGUGGAAGAUGAACACAUUGGUGCAGCAGCUCCGGCUGUCAAAAAGGAAGAAACGACACAUGAAAAGUGUAAAGAAGAUGUAGGGGAACCACUUCCGGCCGUGAAGGAGUUGGAUCUACAAGAGAUUCAACUUCGAGACAAGACUCGCCUGGAGCAACUGCAACAGGAACAAAAGAUGAUGGAAGAGAGGAAUAGGCGUAAGAAGGCUCUGCUCGCCAAAACCAUCGCUGAGAAGUCCAAACAAACUCAAGCUGAGGCGGUGAAGCUGAAGAGAAUUCAGAAGGAGCUGCAAACCCUUGACGACAUGGUUUCUAACGACGUCGGCAUUCUAAGAGGAAAGAUAGAGCAAGCCAGCUGGGACUACACAGCUGCCAGAAAGCGCUACGAGAAGGCGGAGACAGAGUACGUGAUGGCCAAGUUAGACCUUCACAAGAAGUCUGAGGCAAAGGAGCAGCUGACGGAGCACCUCUGUGCCAUCAUUCAACAAAACGAGCUGCGCAAAGCCCUCAAGCUGGAGGAACUGAUGCAUCAACUGCAGCUUGAGGCCACUGAGGAGGAGCUGGAACGGCAGAAGUUGGAAGAAGAGAAGACGUUAGCGUCACAGAGACAUGAGACGGAGGAGCUGGAAAGGAAGACGGUGGAAGGAGAGAAGAGAGAGUCACAAAGACAUGGGGAGGAGGAGAACGGUGUCACGCAGAGUCAGGAGGCAACAGUGCAAUGCGGACCCUUAGAGGAAGAACGUCAGGAGAAGGAUGGCGCCAUCCUGCCAGAGCGCCAACCCAUGAAUGAAACACCCCCUGAACAAGACUUAAAAGUAGUACCGACGUAAGAUAGUGUGGAAUUUGUAUGGUAGCUUUAUUUGAACAGAGAGACAGAAUAUCAACCAGAAAUCCAGAAGAAAAUAACAUUGAAUGUUAAAUGAAUUAGUAUUUGAUUGAUGGAACCCAAAGCGAACGGUAUCUGGGCGGAUAAAACCCUUUCGGCAAGCACACACGGGUCAGACAGUUCUUGUAGUUGCUCACAUCUCAGGAGGGGUUUUGGUCAGAGAAACGUCCUCAAACAGAAUGUUUGACAGUCGGGAUGGUGUUGUUGGACCCACACUGAUCCAGUCCACUUGAUACCAAAGAGCUCCAUUUAGGUCUCGUGACCCCAUCACAAUCUCCCAUGCCUUGUGUGAGUCAUUCAGGUGUUGGUUGAAACAUUCAGAUGGGUCUGUACUCGUGUCUUCUCGAGGAGGGGGACUUUUCGGGCUCUGCGGGAUCUCACUCCAGUACAGCAACGUGUCUUACUAAAGCUUUCAUGCUGACUGUGCUCCCAACUCCCUUGACAUCAUUGGUCAUAUUUAUAACAUUUAUGACUUACUGCACCAAUUGCAGUCUCCUCGCCUCGCCUAGCUUCUUGAUGAUGACCUGUGUGCCCAUUCCAUUCUUGUGCAAGUCCUUUGAUAGCUCUUUGGUCUUGCCCACGGUGGUGGAGAGGUUUGAAUUGAAGAGACUGUGUGACAGGACUAGCAAUGUGCUUCAUGGACACAACUUGUCUGGGGGGGGUCAGAACGCUUGCUCAUCUUUUCACUCAAUCUAAUACAAAUUUAUGUAUUUAAUGUUUUUUUUUUAAAACAUUUUCUCUGUUAGAAUAAUGAUGUACUGUUGGGAUGCUUUUAUUUUGUGUCCCUAUAAACACAGGUGAAUAUGGAUCUUAGCAAUAAUGGUAUACUGAUGCUUUAGUUGUCAAUCAGGUGAUAUAUAAGUGUGAAUGUACUGUAAGGAGUUGAUGCACGCUGCACUUUGGGCUUCCGAGGCCAAGUCACUGAUAAAAGUGCAGCAGGCAAACAUGGUAGUGGUUUUUACAGAGUUGCUGAAAGGCUGUAAAAGCAGCUGCGUCAUUCUUUCGGUAGAAGAGAAAGUGGCCGUCUUUAGUCGGUAGAAGAGAAAGUGGCCGCCUACUAUUCUGUGCUCACACCAGCAGUUAACUUCCUUCUCUGCUUGCUACCAUCUCUACACAAACUACAUACAGUGGGGCACUUAAAUGUGUAUAUGUGCACAUAUACAUACAAUACUGUAUAUUUUAGGUUUUGUUGUACAGAGGGAAUGUUUCCUCAUCCAAGCAUUAUUUAUGAUAGUUUUACAAUUCUUACGCAAUAAAUAAAAUCCUUAAUACAAGUGGUUCCGUGGAUGUCAAUGAUUUAAUAACAGAAAAGCACUCAGAGCAGACCACCACCAAGCGUUACAGU